UGAUUAUAGGGCGUAUUCAAGUGUAAAUACUGUGGCAUACCCUUAGCCUCUUCGGGUACGAUACACAGAUCAUCACAUACACACUGAAUUGGCCUGCACAUUAACACCGAUGUAAGACGCCAGGCUAGCGCGAUGAAGGAUUUCUGCCACUGUGUAUAGCCUAUCCCAGCGAUCGCAAGACAGCUUACUCACGAGAGGAAUCCGUUACAGAUUUCGUCAAAAUAACACGGAAGCCCGAAAGCAUGUAAUGUGUGAUUUUGUAAACGCCACACCAGGAAAUGGCCUCGCGUAUCGACGGAAACCCGAUGUCUGGUGGGGGAUUUGAUCCAGGGCAACUCAAAAGUCUUAAAUUGUACCUGGACGCCGGGGGCAGCUUGGAGGACCUCGGCCUGCCCACCACGACGUUUGACUAUGACAAGGUCGCUGAUAGAAAUAUCGAUGCUGCUCUUUGGGUAAUCGGUGUGUUCUGGGGCUUUGUGGGUUUACUACUUGUGGUCCUGCUCUGUAUCGGAUUAAAGACAUAUUGCCGUAUGUGGGCAAAAUCCCAGCGCUUGUCGACCGGAAGUGAGGACAUUGUUGUGUUGGUGAUGGAGAAACUUUGAAUUAACGCCAUGUACGUAGAGCAGCAGUGAUACAGGGAGCAGUGACAAGAACGUUUAAUUUGACAUUGUGGAAAAAAUUUAGGACGAUUUUUGUACUCUGCUGUCAGCAUGAAUACGAACGUUUUGACCUAUUCGGGUAUAUAAUGCCGGAUGAUGAAGAAAUAUGCUUAGGUCAAAAAUGUUUCAUGCAGGAAUUUGGUGGUUGUCAAGGAAACGUCCGAAUGAACACAUGAAUUCAUGAACGGCAGCAUGGAUUGCGGCUUUUCUCGUGUCGGGGUGACCGUGACGUUAGCUGAACAUAGGAUUGGGUACAUGAAAGCAAGCUGUUUGGAAAUUAUGACAAAAUUACAUUAAGCUGUGUACCUGGUUUUACGGUCAGUU